AUAGAAGACCAGAAAUGCAACUGCUGCAAGAUUACAACGGUAAACAUUAACCAGGUCAUUUGUGAACAUGGCCAGCUGGUUCAGUGAUGACAGGUUCACAGCAGACAGAAAUGACUGGGAAUGGGACUGUGGUUUGAGUGCUCAGGAACUCAGGAACUCUUUGGGAUCUUUAAAACCCAUCUUGCUGUCUGAGUUUGACUCGUGGGAAAAGUCUCUCUUUAAAUCUCAGUCCUCAGCUUUAAGUUGUGUGGGUGUGUCCCGAUCAGGUAACAAGUCCAAAAUCAGCACCAGUUCCAGUGGCAGUCAAUGUGGAGUGAAACACAGUGAAUCAGCUGCCAGGCAAAGAUGGCAGUCUGCCUCACUUCUUGCGCCAGAUGGGACCCGAAGAUCCAGUUCUGAGAGCAGUUUAAGGAGGACAGAGCUUAUCCAGAGGCUUCGGGAUGUUCACAGCUGUCUGGACACACAAACUGAGCAGCUGAAAUCCAAGGAGACCCAACUUCAGCACAGCCAGAACACGACCCGGCUUCUAGAGCUCAAGCAGAAGCAGCUGGAAAAGGCACUAAGUGUUCUUGAGGAGCAGAAGGAAGCCGCAGUACAAAGUCGCUUUGAGGAGAACUGUCACAGCACAGACCUACAAGACAAGGUGCUGCAGCUGGAGAUGGACAUUCUAAACAUGAAAUCUAACCUUGAUAGCAGGAGCACUGCUCUAAUAUCAGCCUCAAAUUCAAAGCAGCUCCUCACCAGAACCAUGCCUGUAGCAAAAGAUGAAGUUGUCAAAGAGAAACAUAAAAAGACAGAGAGAGAAAAGAAGAAGCUUGAAGAAGCCCUUAGGGAAGCGGAGGAGAAAGCCAUGACCCUAGCAGCUGAAAAGAACCGUGCAUUAAAACUUCUCCAAUUCUGUAAAGAGGAACAGCAGAGGCAGAUGGAAGAGCUGAAGCAGAGGCUUAGCACAUCUUUGGAUACCCAGAGUGACUUGCAGGACCAGCUCAGCGAUACUAGUAGUCGCCUCAGCCAACUGAAACUUGAGAAUGAACUGCUCAGCACAAAAACACUGCGAUUUGAAGACAACAUAGAGGACCUGAAGUCAAAGCUUUCAGGCACUUUAACUGAAAAGGAUCGCCUAGUGCUGGAGAAAGCUGAACUGUACCAAAGAGUGCAAAGUUUGGAGCUAGAGUUGCAAAGAUCCCAGAUGGGCAGAGAGGGCUUUACUCAACAGGUGUGUGAUCUCCAUGCCGAGCUGACUCAAGCCAAGAGCCAUGCCAGCCAACUACAGCAGAGUACCGUAUUAAUGAAAGAGGAACUACAAACAGCCAAAGAGGUAAAUGAAAAACUGUCAACAGAUUUGGCAACAGCCACAGAGCGGCUUCAGGGGACACUACAGCAGCUACAUAAACUGGAAGCAGAGAAGCUGAUCCAAACCAAUCAGAUAGCUGCACUGGAGACUGAGCGUUUGCAGCUGAUUGGAGAGAAGGAGGAACUGAUGGAUGUGUUUGACCAAGGAGACCAAAAUGAGCUAAGAGAGCUGAAGGAGAGAUGCUGUCAACUCAGAGAAUUACAGAAAAUGUUGGAGUAUGACAAGAAGGAGCUUGAGGCGCAUUGCCAGGGCUUGGAAAAGAAAGUACAGAAUCUUGAGGCAGAUUACGGCUUUAAGGAACAAGAACUGCAGCUCAUGUUUAAGAAGACUGAACAAGAGAAGGAGGAGCUGAAGCAGGUGGCAGCUCACUGGAAUGAGCGCUGGCUGGAUGUUGCGAUGGCACUGCAGUCUACACAGGCCCAACUAGAAGUGACCAGGAAACAACAGCAAGAGAAUGAUACACUGAGGGAAGAGACAACAGAAAUGGCCAUCAAGCUGGAGACACUUGAGUCCGAGAUGAAGGACAGGCAGAAUUUGAUCAACAAAGAGAAGAUACACCAUGAGAAAGAGCUUGCCAGAGUUAAGAAAGAAGCUCCUGCUUUGGAGCAAGUGGAGCUUGAUGCCUGCAGAAAGCAGCUAGAACUGGAGAAGAACAGAAGCCAGACUCUCCAGCAGAAACUGGGAAACCCUGUGUCUCCAGAGGAGAUGGAUGGAGAGCUGAAGGCUGAGUUGCAGAAGGUGUGGGACAAGCUGAAGAGCCGUGACAUUGAGCUGGAGGAGCAGAAGCAUGAGCUGCAGACUGCUCUUAGCCAGACACAGCAGAACAACGAGGUUGAGAGACAGGAACAACAACUUGCUAAGAAAGAUGAGGAAUUGAAACAAAGAGAUCUUUUAAUUCAGGAUUUGAUGAGAAAGAAAGACACUGAAACACCUGAGGCCCGAAUUAAGAUAAUUGCUCUUGAAAAUGAGCUUGCUGGAUUCAAAAAUCCAAAGACCAUCCAGAAGCUGGGCACUGAACAUGACCCUCAGCCCAUACAGUCUCUAAUGAAAGUUGCAGAGAGAAACAGGACAACUGAGCACCCAAAGCCCAAAAAAGAGCAAGAACCUCAAAAAGUGCAAGUUGUCAGACUUUCUCAAGAGAGAAAUGGAGGGAGUCGAUCACCAUUAAUGAAGAGAAAAGAGACAGAAGUAAGAUCUGAUAUCAUAGAUCCAGACCAACAGAGACAUAUCAUCACUGAGCAGCUGAAAAGUGUGAUUAAGGACCGGGAGCUGAUGGGUGAUACAGCAUCUCCCAUAAUCCAGAGAAAAUCUGUCUCAGUACUGGACUGUGGUUCCCAGGAGAGGAUUUGUGGUAAAGUUUCAGGAAAGCACGAGCUAUGCCACUCCUCAGCUAUAUCUUUUCUCAACAAAUUAAGACCAUUUGUGAAGCUCAAUAACAAUCAGUUCAUCUUCAUUCCAGGCGGUUACUGA